GUCCCAGGGCGCCCUCCUUGCCCUGCCACUGCCCCGCCAGCUUAAGCGUCCAGCCCGCGUAGCGCCCAGGCCGGGGGCUGCGCCCGGCAGGACCGAACACGCUGGGGAGUUUCAAGCCGCCCUGAGAGGGGCCAGGGCUGGUCAGGGUGACGGAUCCCAGGGGCCGGGCCGGGGCAAGGGGAGCGGAGCCAGCCCGCGCUUGCUGAUCUCUGCCCGCAGCCUCCCUCCGCCCGAAGCCAGGGGCCGUUUCGUCUUUCCCGGGCCACUGUAACUGCUGGGGCGCUAUCUGAGCGCCUCGCGCUGAAUAGCACUGCUGGCAGGGUCCAGCCGCUCCCCGCAAUAGCAACUUCCCCCGCGCCCCCGGAGGGUCUCCUCAUAGCCCUGCCGCCCCCAAGUGCCCGCGUGGGGGGAGCCUGAGAUCUGCAAGCCGGCCGGCCCCACCAGCGGAGGCAUAAACACUGCACGAUCCUGCACUGCUGGGGGCAAAGGUUGCAGGGCCAAGGGGAGAGAGACACCAAAACAGCCCAGUCGCGCCGCCCGGCUCCCCAGCCCCGCACAGGAUGCUCUGAGUUUCCUUGGUCUCUGUAACACCCUUUCCCGGGCAACUCCUGGGAGAGAGAAGGGGGGAGGGCGAGAGUUUGGGCUGGGAUGGAGGGUGUAGACCCCCCCAAUCGGCAUGUUUGUCACUGCUUGCCCAUCUCUAGGGGGCUGAGAGGAGUAUGACAGGUCUUUGUUGUCUGAAUAAAAAUCAGUGGCAGCUCUAGGGAGAGAACUCCUCCUACUAAAUUAUCAAAAAUGGGCUGGCUUUAGUCUCUUAACAAAUUGGACAGAGCUCCGGAAAGCAGCAGUCCCAAAUCCAACCUACAGGCACUGGGAACUUUAAAGCAACCAGGGACUGCUGAAAAUAGCACUUCUUUUUGCUUUCUUUGUGUUCAAAACUAGUUCCUUUCCCGACCGGGUUGGCUGUCCCUCGUUCCAAGUCUCCAGGCAGGAGCCCCGCUCUCCAGCGCAGUCACAGAGUCUCCUGCUUGCUUUCGUUACUCUGAUUCUAUUUUUUUCAUCUCCCCCUUGUUUGUUUUCUGCACAUCUUCAGGAAGCCUUCGGUGCUCGUGAGAAGAGAAGCCACUAUUGCAAACUCCCUCUGCCGUGCCGGGAGCCUUGGCGUGGACAUUUUGGAUGCCCUAAAAACUCUGGGGUCUGUAUAUGGAAAUAGUGGGGUGCAGAGCAGAAGAAAAUACUUGUCCUUUCCGUCCCCCAGCCAUGCUUUUCCACGGGAUCUCCGGAGGCCACAUCCAAGGAAUCAUGGAGGAGAUGGAGAGGAGAUCCAAAACCGAGUCCCGCCUGGCCAAAGGCGGGCAGAUGAACGGCCGGGAAACGAACAUGCCCCCCAUGAGUCCCGAGAAGCCUGCUCUGUGUGCUGGUUGUGGAGGGAAGAUCUCAGACAGAUAUUACCUGCUGGCUGUUGACAAACAAUGGCACCUCAGGUGUCUUAAAUGCUGUGAAUGUAAACUGGCCUUGGAGUCAGAACUCACCUGCUUUGCCAAGGACGGCAGUAUUUACUGCAAGGAGGAUUACUACAGGUUCUCCGUGCAGAGAUGUGCCCGCUGCCACCUUGGGAUCUCAGCCUCCGAAAUGGUCAUGAGAGCCAGGGAGUCGGUUUAUCACUUGAGCUGCUUCACCUGCACCACCUGCAACAAGACUCUGACCACGGGCGAUCACUUUGGCAUGAAGGACAACCUGGUUUACUGCAGGGCCCAUUUCGAGACCCUUUUGCAAGGCGAAUACCCCCCGCAGCUGAGCUACACCGAGCUGGCUGCCAAGAGCGGAGGGCUGGCGCUGCCUUACUUCAAUGGCACCGGCACAGUCCAGAAAGGGAGGCCCAGGAAGAGAAAAAGCCCAGCUUUGGGAGUGGACAUCGUCAGUUACAACUCAGGUUGUAAUGAGAAUGAGGCAGAUCACCUGGACAGAGACCAGCAGCCUUACCCCCCCUCUCAGAAGACUAAACGCAUGCGCACCUCCUUCAAACACCACCAGCUCCGCACCAUGAAGUCCUACUUUGCUAUCAACCACAAUCCAGAUGCCAAGGAUCUCAAGCAGCUUGCCCAGAAAACGGGCCUGACCAAGAGAGUUCUGCAGGUUUGGUUCCAAAACGCAAGAGCCAAAUUCAGAAGGAACCUUUUGCGGCAGGAGAAUGGGGGUGUCGAUAAAGCUGAUGGCACGUCACUUCCGGCACCGCCCUCAGCAGACAGCAGCGCACUCACUCCACCCGGCACUGCGACCACUUUAACAGACCUGACCAAUCCCACUAUCACUGUAGUGACAUCAGUGACCUCUAACUUGGACAGCCACGAAUCCGGGAGCCCCUCACAAACUACCUUAACGAACCUUUUCUAACAUUUGAGUUUUUUUAUUAUUAUUCUUUAUUAUUAUUUACAAGACUUUAUUUUUUUUAAACAAACCCACAAAAUAUUUGGAAAAAACAAACAGCUUGGUGUGUAGCAUCUGCAGCCACUUGGCAAAUGAGUUUGCAGUAAUAUGUCUCCAUUAUAAAUGAACAUAUUUUGUCUAUAAAUUGUAUUUGGAUUUUUUUUAAUUCAUCAGGAAAAUUAAAGGAAGGUUAUGAAUCAUUCUAAUAAGUGCCUCUUAAAAUUGUAUAUUACUUAUUUCCAGAAUCUUGGGGGGAGUCACAAGGGAAAAGAAAAUUAUGUUCCCAUUCUGAUAACCUGUUAAAAAGGCCUUUUACACUUCAUUUAAAACUAAUAGUUUGCUGCUCCAGGAUUGUAUGUGCAUUUAUGGAGUUUCAGAGUCCUAAUUCUAACUUUAUUUCCAUAAUACAUGUUUAAGUUUCAAACUAUGUAUUUUUGACACCCACAAAACAAAUCAAAUUAGGAAUUAGAAUAGAGGCAUUCCAAGUAUCAAUACUUUUUCUUCUUCUUUUUGUAUAAAUAUUAGUUAUGAACUUGACCCUGUAUUCAUUGAGCACCCAAAAUUCCCAUGCAGGUCAACAAACCCAACCCUGCAAGCCAUUCAUCCAUGCAGAAUGUCGAUUGACAUCAAUGAGAGUAGGGCAAGGAUGGAGGACUUGCAGAAUUAGGCUCAGUGGGAGUGGAGUGUGGGUAAAGAUUGCGAGAUCAGGCCCUUGGUCUGUGAAUUCUGCGUUAUGCACACCCAGUACCCUGGAUCCUGCAAACACUUAUGCUCCAGAGUAACUUUGUGCAUGUAUGGAGUCUCACUGAAAUAAACAACAGAGGAACUACUCAAAUGAAAAAUCCUACUGAUUUUAAUGGGUUUUCUUACAUGAAAAAAGUUAUUCUGGUGCAUGACUGUUUGUGGACUUGGGCCUCAAGGCUGAAUAAUUCAAUACAAGUAUUAGUGUUGUAUAGGCAAAAUUUCAUUUUUCCCUCUCUGCCGUAAAUGCCACUGAUUUCAAUCUCAAAAAUGAAAACAAUCCACUCUACAUGGCUGUGAUCCUGCACCAUUAAAGCCAAUGGGAGAUUUGCCAUUAACUUUAGUGAUUGUAGGAAGAAAUUCUAAAAGUAUACACGUGUUUUUUACUACGACAAUUCUUGACAAAUUAAUUUUUUUCAGGGAAGAUGGAAAUAAGCAAAAUAUAAUUUAUUAAGAUGUUUAAGGAAACUGAUGUUAGUACAUUUUACUCAUGCUAUUUUGAAUUUACUUUAGAUGUUUCAUGAGAUUGUAUCAGACACUUUGUUUAAUACAUGAACUUAAAUCUUUAGUACAUUAAUAUUUCUAAUAUAUACUUUAGUUUUUUAACUUUUGUAUAAAGGAAAAAUGCAUUAGAAGAAUUCUUAUGAAAUUUGGAAUUGGCAGCGGAUAGCUUUGAGGCAGAUAAACUCAGAAGUCCUUGUGGAUGCUGAUCUAAUUACAUUUCCUAGUUUACAAUAGCAAUUUUUCUUUCUUUUUUUUAUUUUAAUUAAGCUAAAAGUCUGAAUGGUCUGGGCAGUGGUGAAUGUUCAUUUGUUCCCUUUUAUUGUAGUUAAAAACAAUUAGACUGUGGAAAGUCUCAGAAACAACCAGUCAGUCAAGAUCUACAUCUUGCUUUUAGUGGAUUGUUAAGAAUAACUUUGCACAUAGAAUCCACUUUUUAGACCACAUCAAAUUUCUCUGUUGGUGGUGAAAGUGGCUAUUUAAUAUAUUUUAAAGGUGUCCUUUUUGGCUGUAGAAAUGUGUGGUUAUGUAUUGACAGUUCACUGCCCACAUUAAAGUGCAUUAUUGUAACUUUUGCUCAGGGUUUUUAGAAAAUUAGCACAGAAAAGUAGCUUAUUUUUUAAAAAAAGAUGGAAGAGAUGUUAACACUGUAAUAGAAGAAAGGUGUGUUUGCCAUUAUAUAUUUAGCAAGUAUGGUUAUCAUCUUCUAUGGAGCUUAAAUCUUGACUUUUCCAAUUUCUAUUACCUUAUGGGCAUUUACCACUAACCAGACCAAACAACCUUGGUAAGGCUGAGAUCUUUAUUAAUACACUUUUACAGGUAAAAUAUUGAUACUUAUAAAUUUUGUUCUUUGACAGAACAAUAUAUGGUACUAUAGAUCUACUUUAUUAAGUAGACUAAUUAUAACUCAGUUCUACUAUGUGCCUUAUGAUAUAACUUGGGAGUAAGUUUGUGAAAAAUCAGGAUAUAUGUGUUGUUUGUUAAAUUAACUGUUUUAAGCCCUUUUGACACCUCACUAGUUUUGUACUGUUUUACCUCUUAUUUCUGAAACUCUUUUUAUGGUGUAUCCUGUUAGAGGGGACAAACAUGUCAUAGAAAGCAGUUGUGCACUCUUUCAGAUAUAGUUGAUAAAUUCAAUAAUCUUAUAUAUUGAGCUUCGUGUUUAUAGUACAGUAAGUGGUCUAGCAAAAUUGUCCAUGUUUCUUUGUUAAUUGAUAAAUGCAUUGUAUAGAAACUAUUUCCCCUAAAUAUUUAUGGACCAAACAAUUGUGAUAUAUCCUAUUAAAUUUGUGUGAAUAAAUCAUUUUGGAUCCAAGGAGUUUUAUUGCCCAUCAGUUUUUUUUUAAUUUAAAGUCUAUCUGUACCAAUGUGUCUCUGCAUUUUCACUAUGAAUGAAUGAAUGAAUGAAUGAA